UCCACUAGGAACUCUUCUUCACAGAUUCAAUUUUUUGUAUUCCAUCACUCUCACAUUUUCUUUGUCACACUUAAAGUCUGAGAAAAUUGAAUCAAUAUUCAACCUUGUCUUCCAUGGAGAAUACUGAAAAGCGUGGUAACAUGAUCUCUCUCUUGAAUUUGCCUGAGUCUACUCUGGAUUGCAUUCUCAAACGCCUCACACCAAUUGAACUCAUCAAAAUGUCUGAGGUAUGUACUUGUUUAAGGGAUGUAUGUCGAAGUGAUCACUUGUGGGAAAAUUACAUCAAGCAGAAAUGGGGUAGAAUCAUUGGUGAUGCUGCUUACAAAGAGUGGCAAUGUCACAUAACAACUAUAAAGUCAGAAGAAACCCUCUUGAAUCAACACAUCAAUCAGAAUGGGUCACUUGGGUCCUUUUGUGGUGCUUGGCCUGUGCUAUCCCUUGGCUCAUAUUUAGAAGAUUGUAAGCAUCUUCAGAGCUUCUUGUCAAAUAACUCAAUGAUGGCUCUUUAUUUGUCUCUAGAGAGUGGCAAAUUCUGGUUUCCAGCUCAAGUAUACAGGGGAACACUUGUUCGCGACGCGUUAUUUAGCUAUGACUCAAAAAAUGAUACCUUUAAAGCAAGACAACGAAGCGGGGGAUGGCAGCUUAUGGGACACGGUAUCAGCUGGGAAAAUCUGAGAGCUUCCCCAGUUGAAACCCCUCCAUGCGUUCGUCACGUCUCUGACUGUUUGGAAGACUUAAAGCCCGGUGAUCACAUUGAGAUCCAAUGGAAACUGAGGAGUGAAACACAUUAUGAUUGGUGGUACGCUGUUAUUGGUCACCUGGACUCAUGUAAUAAGAACGAGAAUUACUGUCUCUGUUGUAAUUCAGAGACGCUGGUCGUAGAGUUCAGGCAAUACCCUCAUGGUGCAAGCAUGAGACAAGCAAAGCUACCCAGACAUAAUAAUGGGGAACAAGGAGGCAAUCAGAUCGGAUUCUAUGGAGGAAUUAGAAAACUUCACAGUGAAGAGGAGAUUGAAAAAUGGAAGGUUUUGUUACCUUAUGAUCGUCGCUAUAUGUAGCUUGGUCACAAUCAUCACAAGCCAACUAAUCUUUGGAACUAAAUACAUUUACUAUUUUAAGAAACUUCAAAUUCACAACAAUCUCUCUUAAUAAAUGAUUUUUCCGAUCUUCAAUCUUUUGACUUCACCUUUAUAAGAGCAUCUACAUCCAUCAUACUCACUAAAAUAUCUACACAUCAUUUUUUCAAUUUCCCAUAAUGUCACAUCAUCUACCCCAUUUUACUAACUUUUUACUCCAACCCAACAACUCUUAAAAGUUUCUAUAGUGGAUCCCACCAUCAACAUCACAUUUGUAUAUUUUAUUAUUUAUCUCCAUUUUAAUUAAUUGUAAGUGUUUGUAAUAAAUACAAGCUCACAUUUCAAGUCUAGUGUGAAG